UUGUGCCGUCUUCUUUCUCCCCGUCAAUGGAGAAUUCAACGCCCAUUGAUAUGAUCUGCAACUUACCUGAUGAGUUACUUUGUCACAUUCUCUCUUUUCUUCCAACCAAGCUUGCUUUCUGCACCACCCUUCUCUCCAAAAGGUGGGCCCCACUCUGCUACUCACUCACAGCUCUUCGCUUCAACGGUGAUACAGUGAAAGAUGCUGACAGCUUCAAUCGCUUCUGUCGUUUUGUAGAUAAGCUCAUGCUCUCUCCUUCUGCGACCAACCAACCCAUCAAAACGUUUCACUUCAUCCUCUCUCGAGGUUAUGAAGUUGAUCGUCAAAGCUUCGAUGCAUGGGUAGAAGCUGCCAAACAUCGCCAGGUCGAGAAGUUUCAUCUCACCCUCAAUGACGUAACAUUGAGUACCACAAUUUUUAUCUCCAAAACCCUAGUUGAUCUCAAACUUGAGAGAUUAAAAGUUGAAACUGAUAAUUUGUGUGUUGAUCUUCCAUCUCUCAAAACUCUACAUUUGGGUCAUGUUAGUUUUCACAAUCGGAAUGAUUUCAUGAAACUUCUUAAUGCUUGUCCAAUUCUACUAGAUUUGGUAACUUCUUUAUCUACAUAUACAAGACAUGAUACACAUAAUGAAGGGGAUGAGGUUAAAUCAUUUUUCUUGUCCAAAUUGGUUAGAGCCCACAUUUAUUCAACAGAUAUUCCAUUUAAUUUAAUUUCCAAUGUCGAGUAUCUAUGCAUAGUGGAUAGUCCUUUCAAAGGCAUUCCUGUGUUUCAAAACUUAAUUCAUAUUGGACUAUGGUUUAAUCACUUCUUUCAUGGCUGGGAUGGUGUGGUAGAUUUGCUCAAGAAUUGUCCCAAGCUUCAAAUUCUUUUUAUUAGUAAGUGUUGCUCCAGCUUAUCGAAUGAAUGGAAAUGCCUGAUUUCAGUUCCUGAAUGUCUUUCAUCUUGCCUCAGAUCAUGUAGUAUUUUCAAUUUUGAUGGCUCAGCAAAUUAUCUUGCUUUCGCAGCAUGUAUUUUGCGGAAUGCAAGGCUUUUAAAGGUCAUGACAAUCGAUGGUACUGUUCAAUCUUCAAAUGAAAUGCAAAAGCUUCAAAUUAUAGAAGAAUUAUCCUCCUGUCCAAGGAUGUCUCCUGAAUGCAAACUUUCAUUUGCAUUGAUGUAGUUUCUAGAUAUAAGUGUUUUCAUUAGUUUAUGUUUAACAUGAUUUUGGGAAAUUUUCUGAUGAACAUUUAAUUUUAUGAAUUUUUGUUUCAGUCUCUCUCUCCCUAUUUGCUUGUUUCGAUUCACUAUUUCAAAUGUUGUUUCUCGUGCGGUUUUGAGAUUUGCUAUUAAGCGUCCAUUUUGGAUCACCUCCUUUCAUUCUGUUAUAAUUGUAUCUUGAAGAUUUCAAUGUGAUUCCUUCUUUUGGUGUUUCUAGUUUGGUUGUGGUUUUGCUUAACUUUCUGUUGUUUUUGAACGUUAUUGCUACUCCCAUACUGACCGCCUUUCCGUGAAUUGUUUUCUUGAUGAUACUGAUGAUCAUCAUCAACAGAAUAAAAUACUUGGUCACGGGGUAUAGACAUGGCUCUUGUUUUUGCCAAAAUUUUAAACCAAAAUCUAAGUACUCAUCAUGGUGACAAGAAAUUAGAAAUUGAGAUUGAGGCUCACAAUAAUGAGAUGUCUUCUUCCAACACCAAAAAGCAUUGUAACAGAGAAUGAUGUUGUGGUUUAUCCGUUUCCUGCCUUGUGUGCAGAUGCAACUGAGGUUUUGAUCGAGUAUCGUUUCACUUCAAUCGCAAGAAUAACAAGCGGUAUGGAGAAAUGGCUAACAAAUACAAUGUGGAACCAAUAUUAUCAGAUAAGCUUUAUAAUUUGGUGGAAACUGGACUCAGAAUAUGCCAGGCAGUAUUAAUUAAUUCUCUAAGAAAAAGAAUCAUAUAAGUGAUGUUGAUUCUGUUUGUCCCCUCUUAACAGGGUAGACAUUUUUUUCUAAGUAAUCUACUAUUCUAGUAUCAA